AUGGCGCGAACUGCUGUCAGCCCUCUGGACAGGGUGAAGAUUCUGAUGCAGACGCAACACAUCAGUAACCCCGGAGAGGAGAAGUAUACCUCCGUCUGGCAGGCGCUCAAAAGGAUUUGCAGGGAGGAUGGGCCUCUCGGGUACUGGAGGGGGAACGGCGCCAACUGUCUGCGCGUCAUCCCCUACUCAGGGACGCAGUUCAUGUCGUAUGAGCAGUACAAGCUGUACCUGCUACGGCCGAAUGAGAAGCAGCUCACCGUCGAGAGAAGGCUUCUGGCGGGAGCCUGUGCCGGCAUGACCGCCACGUUCGUCACCCACCCCCUCGACCUGCUCCGACUUCGUCUUGCUGUUCAGCCGGAGCUCAAGGGAGUCAUGGACGCCGCCAGGUCUGUGCUGCAGGAGGGAGGCGUGCAGGCUUUCUACAAGGGCCUCGGCCCGACGCUCGUCUCCAUCGCCCCCUUCGUUGCCUUCAACUUCGCUGCCUACGAUACCCUCAAGAACCACUUCUUCCCCGAGAAGCGUCCUGGAACCAUCGCCACCCUCAGCAUGGGAGCUGCAGCCGGGCUGGUCGCGCAGACGAUCUGCUACCCCCUCGACACGAUCAGGAGGAGGAUGCAGAUGAAGGGGAAGAUCUACGACAACACUUGGAACGCGUUCAUCACCAUCAUGCGCAACGAGGGUGCGAGGGGAAUCUAUCACGGCUGGGUGGCCAACAUGCUCAAAGUCCUGCCCAACAACGGCAUCAGGUUCCUCGCCUACGAGUUCAUGAAGACCCUCCUCGGACUCCCCCACAAGUCAGAGGGGGGCGGAGGAGGAGGCUGA